CUCCCCUCUCUCUCCACAAAAAUAAAAAAACCCCAAAUCGAUUUAACCAAAUUAGGUUUUUUUUUUCUUAAGAUUAUUAUCAUGGUAUUCAGCAGUGCCAGUCACUUCUCUCGCUGCUAAUGUCGCCUUUUACGCUGCAUUGCUCUCGUCUUCAUGAUUAAAGUCAAAUGGAGACAGAGAUGCUUAGAGUGAAUUCCCGGUUCAAACCAUUGGGGAAGUUAACUCAACAGUUCUGGCUUUUUAUUUUUUAUUUUUUAUAAGCUGUGAUUGAGGGUUUCGAAUUUCCUUAUUUCCACUAUCGAAGACAAAAGAUGGGCUACCAUUGAAUCCGUUGAGUUUGCUGCUAUCAUGUGAAAAGGCUUAACUGGUGCUAGCAACUUCUCUUCUCUUUGCUUUUCUAUUAUUUUAGAGGUUAUCAUCAUCACUUCUUUCACUCUGAAUGACUCCGCAACAAUUUCUUUGUCUUCGACGCACUAAGGUACCGCGGAGAAGAAAAGGCUAGCAAUUGGCUCGAAAGCAGGGUUAGCAGCCCAUCCCCACGAUGGGGCUCACAAGAGCUCGAUAAAGAAGAAAGCAGAACAUAUUAUGGAGGGGAUCUCUCUACAAUUGAAAGUAAUUUCCUGCAGAGAUCUCAAAACCUUCAAUUUCUUCCAAAAGCUCUCAGUCUUUGUUGCCGUCUCCAUUUUUAUUGAUGAGCCAAAGAAGAAUGAACAACGGCGAAAAAAGACGGCAGUGGACUUUCUUUAUGGUGUAUUGAAGAGGAACGAGAAGCAACAACAACGUCUGCAGCGGCAAAAGACACCUCCGAAUACUUUCAACGAUGAAGAAAAGAAGAACGAACAGCAACAACUUCUGCAGCGGCAAGAGACACCAGUGGACAGAGAAGGAGGUAGCAACCCUACAUGGAACCAUAUGAUGCAGUUUAAUCUCAAUACCCCUUCGCUUCCUGAUUACGGUGAUCAUCUCUUUUUCAAAUUUGAAUUGCGCUGCAAAGGUUCCAUCUUUGGUAACAAAACUAUUGGGGAGGUUUGUGUUCCAUUCAAGGAUUUGAAUGAGGAGUUCAACGGCAGUGUCAGGUUUGUGAGCUAUCAGGUUCGAAAUAGCGAUGGGAGGCCUAAUGGUGUCCUGAAUUUUUCCUAUGAGGUGAACGGGAAGGUCAAGAGGAAUGAAGAUGAUGGUCCAAGAGUUGAUUUGCCUCCAGGAAUUCGUUUCUCAUCACCUAAAAAAGUCCAUUAUCCAUCCUUGGAAGUCGAUGUUAAGUCGACGAAAGCAUGCUUAUAUCCUUCCCUGGAUGAUAUCAGCUUCAGCUCUCCUUCGCCAGGAACCGGGUUUCCUUCUACGGAGUUGUGUUAUCCAGUAGAGGCAUGUUAUACUAUGCCUCCGCCAGCCUUUCCUUUACAGCUUCCUGUGGGUCACAGAGUGUAUCAGCUUCAAUAUCCAUCACCAUUGACACAGUCUCCAGGUUCACAUUGCUACACAACAAAGACAACCGAGCAUGGUUGCGGUCUUCGUGGGCAUUCUGGAGGUUGGGCAAUUAGGGAUGUUAAUGUAUAGCUAGUUAGGUUAGUGUUAGAGAGAAUGUUGAUGUUGAUAUUCUUCAAUAGCAGGCUGGUGCCUGAUGUAAUUUCAUUUGUGUAAGAAACAUUCCACUCUGCCAGGUAGUUAGGGACAUGAGUUCUAAUUGUUGCUACGCUAGACACGUUACCUACACACUGCUCAUGUCUCGUUGAUCAGUUCGUACUUGAUAUCAAAGGAAAUGCUAGCUCUCUUUUCUCUCCA